CUUCAUGACCCUGCGCUGCGCCGAGCCGCGGAAGGCGCGCUUGACUGACAGGCGGAGGUGGCGCGGCUGCUACGGCAGGUUCCCUGCCAGAGGCCUGCACUCACCCCGGCCCACUGCAGCCCGGCACUGUCGGCCGUCACCGGAGAAUGCGGAUGCUGGCCGCUUCCUGGGGCUGUCGCUUUGCACAAAGGUAAGCCCAGGCCAGCAUGGGGGACUCCAGGGACCUUUGCCCUCAUCUUGACUCUGUAGGGGAGGUGACCAAAGAGGACUUGCUGCUCAAAUCCAAGGGCACCUGUCAGUCAUGCGGUGUUUCCGGACCCAACCUGUGGGCCUGUCUCCAGGUCGCCUGCUCCUACGUUGGCUGCGGAGAAUCCUUCGCUGACCACAGCACCAUCCACGCGCAGGCCAAAAAGCACAACCUGACAGUGAACCUGACCACGUUCCGGGUGUGGUGCUACGCCUGUGAGAAGGAGGUGUUCCUGGAGCCUCGGCUGGCGGCCCAGCCGCCAGGCCCCUCGCCCAAGUUCUCAGAGCAGGACUCUGUGCUGCCCUCCCACCCUCUGAAAGCUGUCCCCAUUGCUGUGGCUGACGAAGGAGAGUCCGAGUCAGAGGACGAUGACCUCAAACCGCGAGGCCUCACGGGCAUGAAGAACCUUGGCAACUCCUGCUACAUGAACGCGGCCCUGCAGGCCCUGUCCAAUUGCCCCCCACUGACCCAGUUCUUCUUGGAGUGUGGAGGCCUGGUGCGCACAGACAAGAAGCCAGCCCUGUGCAAAAGUUACCAGAAGCUGGUCUCUGAGGUCUGGCACAGGAAACGCCCCAGCUACGUGGUUCCCACCAGCCUGUCCCAUGGGAUCAAGUUGGUCAACCCGAUGUUCCGAGGCUAUGCCCAGCAGGACACCCAAGAGUUCCUGCGCUGCCUGAUGGACCAGCUGCACGAGGAGCUCAAGGAGCCCGUGGUGGCCGCGGCGGCAGCGCUGACCGAGGCUCGGGACUCGGACUCGAGCGACACGGAUGAGAAGCGGGAGGGCGACCGGAGCCCAUCAGAGGACGAGUUCCUGUCCUGUGACUCCAGCAGCGACCGCGGUGAGGGCGACGGGCAGGGGCGCGGCGGGGGCGGCUCCCAGGCUGAGACGGAGCUGCUGAUCGCGGACGAGGCGGGCCGCGCCAUCUCCGAGAAGGAGCGCAUGAAGGACCGCAAGUUCUCGUGGGGCCAGCAGCGCACCAGCUCGGAGCAGGUGGACGAGGACGCCGACGUGGACACCGCCAUGGCCGCCCUGGACCAGCAGCCCACGGACACGCAGCCGCCGCCACCCCGGUCCACCAGCCCCUGCCGGACGCCAGGUACCCGCCAAGCCACUCGGGGCGUCGCAGCCCCGUUCGUCCAGCUCCUGCUGGGGGGCGGAGCACCCACAGCCUGCUCAGCUCCCCCCCACGCUGGGGGGCUCUCCCACGAGACCCGACUUACCGAGCCGGACAACGAGGCCCACAUGCGCAGCGCCUCUCGCCCCUGCAGCCCUGUCCACCACCACGAGGGCCACGCCAAGCUGGCCGGCAGCCCUCCUCGUGCGAGCCCCGUGAGGAUGGGGCCGUCCUACGUGCUCAAGAAAGCCCAGGUACCGGGCGCUGGCAGCCGGCGGCGGAAGGAGCAGCGCUACCGCAGCGUCAUCUCAGACAUCUUCGACGGCUCCAUCCUCAGCCUCGUGCAGUGUCUCACCUGUGACCGGGUGUCCACCACGGUGGAGACAUUCCAGGACCUGUCGCUGCCCAUUCCUGGCAAGGAAGACCUGGCCAAGCUCCACUCGGCCAUCUACCAGAACGUGCCGGCCAAGCCGGGUGCCUGUGGGGACAGCUCCGCCGCCCAGGGCUGGCUGGCCUUUAUCGUGGAGUAUAUCCGACGGUUCGUGGUAUCCUGUACCCCCAGCUGGUUUUGGGGGCCGGUCGUCACCCUGGAAGACUGCCUCGCUGCCUUCUUCGCCGCCGAUGAGCUGAAGGGUGACAACAUGUAUAGCUGUGAACGGUGUAAAAAGCUGCGCAACGGCGUGAAGUACUGUAAGGUCCUGCGGUUGCCGGAGAUCCUGUGCAUUCACCUGAAGCGCUUUCGACACGAGGUGAUGUACUCAUUCAAAAUCAGCAGCCACGUCUCCUUCCCCCUGGAGGGACUUGACCUGCGCCCCUUCCUCGCCAAGGAGUGCACGUCCCAGAUCACCACCUACGACCUCCUCUCAGUCAUCUGCCACCACGGGACGGCAGGCAGUGGCCACUACAUCGCCUACUGCCAGAACGUGAUCAACGGGCAGUGGUAUGAGUUCGACGACCAGUACGUCACCGAGGUUCACGAGACAGUGGUGCAGAACGCCGAGGCCUACGUGCUCUUCUACAGGAAGAGCAGCGAGGAGGCCGUGCGGGAGCGGCAGCAGGUGGUGUCCCUGGCCGCCAUGCGGGAGCCCAGCCUGCUGCGGUUCUACGUGUCCCGGGAAUGGCUCAACAAGUUCAACACCUUUGCCGAGCCGGGGCCCAUCACCAACCAUACCUUCCUCUGCUCCCACGGAGGCAUCCCGCCCUACAAAUACCACUACAUCGAUGAUCUGGUGGUGAUCCUGCCCCAGAACGUCUGGGAGCACCUCUACAACAGGUUUGGGGGCGGCCCUGCCGUGAACCAUCUGUACGUGUGCUCCAUCUGCCAGGUGGAGAUCGAGGCGCUGGCCAAGCGCAGGCGGAUUGAGAUCGACACCUUCAUCAAGCUGAACAAGGCGUUCCAGGCCGAGGAGUCGCCCAGCAUCAUCUACUGCAUCAGCAUGCAGUGGUUCCGGGAGUGGGAGGCCUUCGUCAAGGGCAAGGACAGCGAGCCCCCCGGGCCCAUUGACAACAGCAGGAUCGCACAAGUCAAAGGAAGCGGCCACAUCCAACUGAAGCAGGGAGCUGACUACGGGCAGAUCUCAGAGGAGACCUGGGUGUACCUGAAUAACCUGUAUGGCGGCGGCCCCGAGAUCGCCCUCCGCCAGAGUGUGGCCCAGCUCCAGGACCCGGAGAGCUUGCACGGGGAGCAGAAAAUCGAAGCCGAGACCCGGGCCGUGUGACUCAGUGUGCCAGUCUGCCCCCGCCUUUGCCCUCCUCCCUGCGGAGGGGGCGUCUGUACCCGGAAGAGAGGCCGGCCGCUCUGGAAACCCAGAUGUGUAAAGAGGCAGAAAAGUUGUUUUGGUUCACAGUGAGUGAUGCUGCAACUAGGAAAUAUAUCCACUUCAGGCUUGUUAAACGACCAAGGCUCUGCGACGUUAACUCGGGUCUUUGUCUCGGCAGUGCCCUCGUGUCACUGCCGUCGUCGUGUCCCCAAACCUGCCCUCUCGCUAGCUCGGGCCCAGCUUUUGUCCCUGGACCCUCAGUCAGGGGCCAUGGCCUGGGGACAGAGGGUCGGGGAGCGGCUGCCGCUCCCCAGGCGUUUCCCACUGGCGCCUGGUCCAGCACCUGAGUCACGGGUCGACAGUCAGAGCCGCGAGCAGGGUGCCGAGCACUCGGCAGUGAGGGUGCUGCCGCUGGACCCUGGGCCAGGUCCUCCCGAGGCCCCGCUUCGCCCCCGCACCUCCCGGUCGUCACGCAAGUCUCCUGAAUCCUGGGCGGCUCUCGAUGUUUUUCCUGCAAACUAAUGACGCCGGACACGUUUGCGAUGGGGACCCAAGGGCGGGGUUGGCUUUCUGUCAGUGGGGAUCAUUUCUGGAGGCAGCUGGUCCCCUCGCACCCUGUGCUGCUGAGCUGGCCCUGUGGAUUGGCUGUCAUUUGCCCCUGCCAGGGACCCAGAUGAUGAAACAGAAAUACCUCGCGUUGCUAUGUUUGCUGCUGAUGCAGCUUCCCCGGGGGGCUGACAUUUCUCCCCAACACUGAGCUGCACAGGCCCCUGGCGCAGGGAGGAGCGGCCCUGGGCCGGCUCGUACGCGUGGGUCCCGGAAGUGCGUCUUCUGGAUGCUGAGCGACGCCACUGCUGGGGGGCUGGGACCUCUGAGCACAGCGAGGUGGCACUGAAGCCCCUGGACGAAACAGCCGGGGCCAGUGCUCACCUCGUCAGGACCAAAGCGAAUGGGGAGUGGGAAAGGGGUCCCGGGACCAAACCCCCCAGAUACCGUGGCCUUCAGCCUCCAUAGAAGCAGAUGUCAGUGGAACUUCCAGCAGGCGGUUCUGGCGGAGCCCCUGAAGCUCUCACGUGUCGCUCAUUUCUGCGAUCUCGUUUCACCCCGAUCUGUUUCCUUCUCCACCGAGGCAGCAUCAGAUCAAAGAACAAGCCACUGUUGGAAUUCCUGGACAUUUGCCACAGUCCUUUGGAAGUUGCUGCUGCCGCCAGCGGCGACCCCCCUGCAGAGCCCGGCGGUUGCAUGUUGCACUGUUUGUGACGUAGACUCCGCUGUGCAGGUUGUAAUCUCGCCCCACGUCUGCGCCGUCUAGUUUGUGCUCAGAAUGUCGUAAUAAAUAUGUAACGUUC